AUGGAAGUUUUUGGCCGAUGGACAGCUUACGGUAUAUUUGGAAGGGCAACACGUCUAGUGUUCUUCAGCACACAGCUUCUUUCAAUUAUGGCUUUAUUAGCAGUGCUAAUAUACGGUUGUUGGUUAAUACAGAACCGAUCACAGUACGCAGAACUGCUUGAGCCAAGUUUGUACGUGGAUGUUGCUCGUAUUAUGGUUUUCAGCUCAAUAUUUGCACUUAUUAAUACUAGCAUGUCGGUUUAUGCUUUAACAAAAGAAAUGCGAUGUUUCGUGUAUUCGUAUGUGAUAGCUAGCGGAGUAAUAUUUGUAAUGAUGUUUAUUGGUGGUAUUAUGGGUUUCGUAUUCAGACAUCAGUUACAACAUAGGAUACCGCUUCAUCUAAAAAUGCUUACAUCACUACGUGAACUUUAUGGGUUACCGGAAAUGGAGAGAAUUACUUAUGCCUGGGACGAACUUCAAAGCAAUUUCAAUUGCUGUGGAGUAAAUGGUACCGAUGACUUGAGGAUCUGGAAAACAUCGAAAUGGUUUAUGCAUCAAAAAGGAUUCAAGCAAAAACUUCCACUGUCAUGCUGUGUAAAUGAAAUGGUCCAACGUUGUCUGAAAACGGACCUGUAUCAUCCGGAUGAAAGUGUCGUUCAUAAGGAAACAUGCUACAUGUUACUACGGUCCGAUUUAUUAGAUGUAAUGCAUGUGGCUGCUUGGCUGCUUAUUAUUGCAAGCGUAAUCACGGUAAUACCUGCUGUGUUCGCAGGUAUUUAUGCUCUUCUGAUCAAGAAGUAG